GAUGCUGAAGCCAAAGGUGCCGACGGUGCCGACGGCGACGGUGAGGAAGGUGAUGGGAAGAAGCGCGUCAAGCGCAAGAUAGCGAUUGUUGUUGGUUUCAUCGGAACGAGGUACCGCGGUCUGAUGAUCAAUCCAGAGGUGGAGCCAACGGCAACGAAGAAAUCCGUGGAGGAGCUUCUGCGGGUUGCCAUGGUGAAAGCUGGCAUCGUCAGUGACAUCAAUUCUCAGAAGCUGGAGCAGAAGGUUGGCUGGAGCCGCUCCAGCCGAACAGAUGCUGGGGUCAGCGCGCUCCGCCUGGUGAUUUCGGCGAGGCUCUGCGUGGAGCCCGAGAGCAUCGACGACGUGGGCUUCAGCCGAGCGCUGGUCGACCAGAUCAACCUGGGCCUGCCUGAAGACAUCCGCUGCUUCAGCGCCAGGAAGGUGCCCAACAGCUUCGAUGCCAAGCAUGCCUGUUCCUGGCGAGAGUAUGAGUACAUUCUCCCGACGCACCUGGCAAAGCCGGUGAGUGCAUCGCCAGACGAUGAACCAUCUGCUGAUGCUUUGGCAGCCAAGCUCGAAGCUGUUAUGCGCCGCUUCGAAGGAUGCCACUCCUUUCACAAUUACACACGCCUCAAGGCAUCUGACUGUCUGCCCAGGAAGCCGUCGGAAGGAGAGACUGGCAAGGGCAAGGGAAAGAAAGGGAAAGGGAAGGGCAAGGGGAAGGGCAAAGGAAAGGAGAAAGGCAAAGAGAAGCAGAAGGGUCUGAAGCGGAAGGCCUCCGAGGCCUUCCAGGAGGAGUUGGAGCCGACGGAGGGCGAAGCCCCAAAGAAGUCCAGGCAAGGUGAAGCCGAUGCAGAGGCAACUCAGGCACAGAGACUGGGGGACGAGGUACAACAAGAAAUGAUCGCCACCAGUCGCACUGUAGGCUUCUGCACAUCCGCUGGAUUCCUUAGUCCCUCGCAAGAUGCGCUGGAUCCUGGCGAAGCCGGUGACCCGGCCGAGGCCGAGGCCGAGGCUGUCCCCGCCGAGGCUCCGAGAGGCCAGGGCCCGUGGGUCGAAGUCUGCGCCAAGGAUGCGAGCAGCGGCGCCUGGCGAAGUCGGCCGGAUCACGUCUUGAAGCAUACGCAGAGCACCAUGCACAUGAUCUCGGUGGAACCAACAUUGGAAGGCAAACUGCUUAGAAUCGUGCUUCGCGGCCAGUUCUUCCUGUACAACCAGAUUCGGUUGAUGGUCGGCACUGCUGUUGCCAUUGUAGCCGGGGUCUUGCAGGAGGAGAUGCUAGAGACCGCACUGACGCUCACCACGGAGAUGCACAUGCCAAUGGCCCCGGCAACGGGUCUGUUGCUGCGCACCGCCGGCUUUUCACGAUUAGACAACCGAGCUGGUGCUUGUGCUAUGGACCCAAAGCAGGCAGAAGAGUGCAUGCUGCCUUCCGACGGCUUUGUACUGAUGGAUGACCAGGCUUCCCAAAUGGCGCAAGGGUUUGUCAAAGACGUGGAGAAGGACAUGGACGUCCAGUGGAGAGAAAGCGGUGUCGGGGACUGGAGUCCGCAGAGGGAGACGGCGGGAUCCUUCCGCACCAUGCAGCACCCUGCACCUAAGGAGGGCGAUGCUUGGGUUGCCAAGAUGGCUUUUAUCAAGUCCCCAACAGGGGCAGUCCUCGAGGAGCUGCGGGCGAUGCGGGCCAAAGUGCCGCAGCCUCAAUUGACAGUCCAGGUGAAAUCUUGCUCGAUGCCGGUGAUGGAUUUCCCGCUGCAGGACCAGGCAGAAUUCCGGGCAUCACAGGACGCCGCGCCAAAUCAGCAAUCAGCCUGGACCAGCAUGCAUUUGGCCCAGUGCCCACAAAAUCUGGCAGGACUGCUUCCGAGAAGGUUUGCGGCAGACCUGAUGGUCCGCUGGUUGCACCAGGGCACCGGCACUGGGGAUCUUGCACUCACCUGCGCUCGCAGGCCGGGCUGGCGUGUGAACAACAUCCAAGCAGGUACGAAUAAGACAGUGGCAUCAGGAUCCAUCCCAGAAGCCGCCGAACAUGUCCAUGCCUCCGGAGACAAAGGCUCUUUGAAGUAUGCGCAGCCUUUGCUACUGGUCUUUACACUCACAGCAGAAAAGAUCCGAUGGGAGAAAGUCGGUGAGAGCGCCGGCGAUGACGUGAGCAUCGAUGGGGUGAAGCUGAUUACACCCACAGUAGAGCUCGCCUGCGUGCAGGUGGACGGGCAGUUGCAAUCAGAGCAGGAAGAUGACUUGGAGAAAGUCCGUAGCGAGCUCGAAGAGUUGCGGGCUGUGCCGGAGGGCUCAGCUGAGUGGGUGGAGGCGAAAGCCCGCUUGGAUGCAGCAGUGCAGGCUGCUGUCACCGCAGGCUGUGCGCAAGCAGAGCUCCUGGAAGCACGGGCAAGAGAAGCGGAGGCGGAGGCGGCGGCAGCGGGUGACGAGCUCACCGGGGCCGCUGCGCGCAAGGCCCGGAAGCGGAGGCUCGAGGCGGAGAAGCUGAGGGCCGAGGCGACGUGUGCGCGGCAGCGCAUGGCCCGCUUCGGCCAAGCGGUCCGCAGGGCGCAGAGGAGCAAGGCCGAUGAGAUCCCGAGCAUUACCGUGGAGCUGGAAGAUGAUGCAGAGGACGUCAAGAAGACAGUGAUUCCCAAAGACACGAAGACGAAGACUGACGCGCAGGUCAAGAAGGACAAGAGAGCGAAGAAGUCUUCGUCCGACAAAGGGAAGCGGCGGAAGAAGGAGGUGAGCCGGGAGGAGGUGCGGAGGAAGGCCGAGGAGGCGGCACGGCGGUGGCAAGAGCGAGACGACCAGUUGGAAGCCAGCAUCCGUGUCGUGGAGCAAAGAGGAGCGAAAGCUGCUGCGGAGAAGGAAGCGCAGCGGCGAGCAGAGAAGGAACGGCAGCUCAGGGCUGCGGAGCGGCGGCGAGAAGCAGAGGCUCGCCGAUCACGAUCCCGCGUUCGACGACGCCGCAGGAGAUCUUCGUCCUGA